GGCACCGGGUCACCAGGCAUUGGAUCGUCUGGCUCGACAGUGGGCAUCGGGUCACCAGAUAUGACAGCGGGCACUGGGUCACCAGGCAUCAGGUCAUUUGGCUUGCCAGCGGGCACCGCGUCAUCUGGCAAGGCAGUGGGCACCGGGUCACCAGGCAUUGGAUCGUCUGGCUCGACAGCGGGCAUCGGGUCACCAGGUAUGACAGCGGGCACUGGGUCACCAGGCAUCAGGUCAUUUGGCUCGCCAGCGGGCACCGCGUCAUCUGGCAAGGCAGUGGGCACCGAGUCACCAGGUACGACAGCGGGCUCUGUGUCAAUUGGCACGACAGCGGGCACCGGAUCAGGUACCGGAUCAUCUGGAUCAACAGCGGGCAUCGAGUCAACUGGCCUAAUAGGAUCGUCAGGCUGGAUCAGUUCAUCAUGCUGGGUAGAGGCAUCAGGCUGAAUGCAGGCGUCCGGCUGAGUAGAGGCUUCAGGCUGAAUACAGGCUUCAGGCCGAGUAGAGGCUUCAGGCCGAGUAGAGGCUUCAGGCUGCGUACAGGCAUCAGGCUGAGUACAGGCAUCAGGCUGAGUAGAGGAUUCAGGCUGAGUAGAGGCUUCCGGCUGAACCACGGAAGGCUGGUUCACCGGUUUGGAUACUGGCAGGAUGGGUUAAAGGCAGGAUAGGUGCAGCGAGUGGGAACAGGGUACUGACAUGCUCCGAUAGAUAGCAGGGCAGGAGGAGCUGUUGGGAAUGCAGGAAUAGAGCUUUGAGGAAAUAGAUUAGAAGCAGGACUGGGUCUUUGUAAGCUGACUGAGGCUGGGUGCAACA